GACGAGUGGGCGUGUGUUGUCUUUUCCUCUCAGUCAGUGCGACGUUUUAUUUAAGUUAAAAGAUGGCGGCGGUGCAUCUGAGGAUCGGGGAUCUGGUGUGGGGGAAGCUUGGCCGUUACCCACCGUGGCCAGGGAAGAUUGUGAGUCCUCCCAAGGACCUGAAAAAGCCUCGGGGCAAAAAAUGCCACUUUGUGAAGUUCUUUGGAACUGAAGACCAUGCGUGGAUCAAAGUCGAACAACUGAAGCCCUAUCACGCCCACAAAGAAGAGAUGAUCAAGAUCAACAAAGGAAAGCGCUUCCAGCAGGCGGUGGACGCUGUGGAAGACUUCCUGAAGAAGGCGAAGGGGAAAGAACAGAACUCUGAUGGAAAAGGAGACUCAAAAGGAAAGAAGACGCCCAGCAAGCCACUGAAAAUACUGGAGGAGGAUGACGAGGACCUCAGUGCCCUGAAGGACCCGUCUGAGAAGGACUUAACUGACUCUGACCCCGAGCCGUCCGCUAUGGAGAGGCUGGGGGCUGGACCUGGCUCAGGAUUCAAAUGGGAAAGCAGUCCUAUCAAAGACGACCCUCAUUUUCAUCAUUUCCUCCUCAGCCAGUCGGAGAAGCCAGCCUCUUCCAUGGAGCCCAUCAGCAAGCGCCUGAAAAUCAUUGAAGAGGUGACGGGGUCAACAUCCAUCCAAGCAGCAGACAGCACAGCCAUUAAUGGCAGCAUAACCCCCACAGAUAAAAGGAUAGGCUUCCUCGGUCUGGGGCUCAUGGGUAGUGGCAUCGUUUCUAACCUGCUGAAAAUGGGCCACGUUGUCACCGUGUGGAAUCGCACAGCAGAAAAGUGCGACCUGUUCAUCCAGGAAGGGGCUCGGUUGGGCCGGACUCCUGCGGAAGUGGCCUCCAUGUGUGACAUCACCUUCUCCUGCGUGUCGGACCCGAAGGCAGCCAGGGAUCUGGUUUUAGGACCCAGCGGAGUUCUCCAGGGCAUCCGGCCUGGCAAAUGCUACAUAGAGAUGUCAACUGUAGAUCCAGAGACCAUCACUGAACUGUCACAGGUGAUCACGUCGCGGGGCGGCCGUUUCUUGGAGGCUCCGGUGGCAGGAAGCCAGCAGCUCUCCAACGACGGGAUGCUGGUUAUCCUGGCAGCUGGUGACAGAACGGUCUAUGAAGACUGCAGCAGUUGCUUCCAGGCCAUGGGCAAGACUUCCUUCUUCCUUGGUGAAGCAGGCAACGCAGCCAGAAUGAUGCUGAUCCUCAACAUGGUCCAGGGCAGCUUCAUGGCCACUAUAGCAGAGGGGCUAACUCUGGCACAGGCCACCGGCCAAUCACAGCAGACCUUCCUGGACAUCCUGUGCCAAGGCCAAAUGGCUAGCACCUUUGUGGACCAGAAAUGUCAAAAUAUUUUGCAAGGCAACUUUAAACCAGACUACUAUUUGAAACACAUUCAGAAGGACCUGAGGCUAGCCAUAUCCAUGGGAGACAUGGCCAACCAUCCAACACCAAUGGCUGCAGCUGCCAAUGAGGUGUACAAGCGGGCCAAGGCGCUGGACCAGUCAGACAACGACAUCUCUGCCGUCUACCGAGCCUACAUCCACUAGAGCUAGGUGUCACCUUUCCUCUGGACCACACCGCCUUUUCUGUUUCAUUUAUCAUUUAAUGAGUUAAUCUUACCCCCCCUCCAGUCCCAGCCAUCUUACAUGCCCCUGCCCCCGCUUUUUAUGGCAGCCUGGACCAUUGACUGUACAAGAUGGGGACAGAUGUUAUGACAAGGUUUUCCAGCUGGCUGUGAGGCAGGUUGUGGGUUCCAAUGCCGCCGUGAAGCCAGAGGAACUGCCGUCACAUGUUGUGGAUACAGAUGGCCUAAAGAAGGUUUUUUUCAUAUUUGUAUUUAAUUGAGUGAUCUUUUCGUUUUUAUGUCCAGAGUCUCAUGAGAGAGCAGAGAACAUGCCACUGCAUUGCCUUAAUAUUGUAACCCCUCAAGUCUUUCAGUACUCGGCCUAUUUAUUUCUGGAGGUCUUCUCGCUGCAGUACGGCCAUGACCUCUUCCUGUGUGGGACGCCAUUUAUGCUUUUUACUUUGCUGGUGGUCUCUGAGGACACGUUGACUGAGCUGAGGCCUUAAAAAAGCCGUGAAGGACAUUUCUCCCCACCAGUUUGAGCUCUGCUGGUGAAACCAUCUUUUCUUCUCAUGUCUGCGGUUUAUCCUAAAUGUCCACUUCUUCUGUUCUAUGUUAAAUGGAAUCAGUAAUUAUUCCCCAACAUCGCUGUUUUUCUUUAUUUGCAAAGAGUUUUUGGGUCUGCUGUAGACUGUAGGACUGGAAAUCUUUCUCCACAUCACACCGGAGCAGGAGUGGCUGUGAUUGGUCAAGAUAAAGACCUGAGGUAGCAGGUAAGCUGGGAAGGUCAUCAUGCCAGCCAGCUGGAAACAGGCCGACGGUGGAGCUUGUUGGUUAAUAAUCUGAAGAAGGUUCGUCAGUCCUGGUUCCGUGUCUGACCACUGCAGGAAAAGGCGUUACCAAAAACAGCUUUUUUCUUUAAAAACAAGACUUCAGACGUAAUAAAACGAGGGGUUUGUGUGUAAAAGGGUCCAGCUGGUACGAAACAGAAAACCCACCAGAAAGAGCCACGUCUGCUCUUUGUUUCAGGAAAUCUAUUGUUUAACCAGAAGGAAACCAGUAAAAGUGGCUUGACAUGAAUGAGGAUCCAAUCAGUUUAACAAAGAGAAACCAGAAACCAGAAGGAGAGCCUCAGAAGACCCCACGCUUAUGUUUCCUGGAAGAACCAGAUUUAUGUUCCAGUUUUAUCUGUAAAUGAUAAGUUUGCCUUUAAAGUGAAGAAUCCACUUUGUGUCUGAACUGUUUUAUUUCAUAAAGAUUUCCCGUUAGAGGUUCAGGUUUCUAGUUUAGUUUUCCAGGUGAGGGGAGGACUUGUUUUUAGGGGAGACCUGUAAAUAGCACAUGAAACUACGGUAUGUAGGAUUCCUUUUGUAUCUACAGAGAGCAGAACUGAAUGGACCUGCUCUAACAGCUGUUCCUUCAUGCUGUCGGUGGCUCAGAUGCUUUAAAUAUCUGGCUUCUUAUUUCUAUCAGAUGACCUGGACCCAUCGGCGGAUGGAGGAAGCAGCUUCGGUUUUGGGGAUAUUUAUGAUUUUGUGUAAAAAUGAGAAUUUUGUGCUGUUUAAUAAAUCCUCUCCUGAUUACUGA